CUGAGGGAGCCGGCGGGCGGGCGGGCCGAGCGAGGAGGCGCCGAGGCUGCUGCGGGAUGAUGUCGGUGCGGGUGGCGGCCCCGCCGGCCGUGGAGCUCAAGGAGCUGGCCGGGCCUCUCGACAAGCCCGCCGCUGCCGCCGCCGCCGCCUCUGCCGGGCCCUGCCCUCCUGCUCCUCCGCCGCCGCCCGCUUCCCCCGCCGAGCCCGGCCCGGCCGUGGCGGGGGAGAAGGCGGCCCCGGCCUCCGGCGCCCCCUCCGCGGGGAAGGCCCCCCAGGCCUCGGCCAUGAAGCGCUGCGAGCCCCCGCUGCGCCUGUCCGGCGACGGGGGCGACGGGGCGGGCGGGCGGCUGGGCGAGGCGCUGGUCAGCCCCGACGGGAGCGUCACGGAGGCGCCGCGCACCGUCAAGAAGAUCCAGUUUGCUGACCAAAAGCAGGAAUUCAACAAGCGCCCCACGAAGAUCGGCCGCCGUUCGCUGUCCCGCUCCAUCUCUCAAUCGUCCACAGACAGUUACAGCUCCGCUGCCUCCUACACCGACAGCUCCGAUGAUGAGACCUCUCCGAGGGACAAGCAGCAGAAGAGCAGCAAGGGCAGCAGCGAUUUCUGCGUGAAGAACAUCAAGCAGGCGGAAUUUGGGCGCAGGGAGAUCGAAAUUGCGGAACAAGAAAUGCCGGCGCUCAUGGCCUUGAGGAAGCGCGCUCAGGGAGAGAAGCCAUUGGCCGGAGCCAAGAUCGUGGGCUGCACCCACAUCACGGCUCAGACUGCCGUGCUCAUGGAAACCCUCAGUGCCUUGGGGGCCCAGUGCCGAUGGGCUGCUUGCAACAUCUACUCCACCCUCAACGAAGUGGCAGCCGCCCUGGCUGAGAGUGGAUUUCCUGUCUUUGCCUGGAAGGGGGAAUCCGAGGACGAUUUCUGGUGGUGCAUUGACCGUUGUGUCAACGUCGAAAGCUGGCAGCCGAAUAUGAUCCUGGACGACGGCGGGGACCUGACACACUGGAUCUAUAAGAAGUAUCCAAACAUGUUCAAGAAAAUCAAAGGCAUAGUAGAAGAGAGCGUGACCGGUGUCCAUAGGUUGUACCAGCUCUCCAAGGCCGGCAAGCUGUGUGUCCCCGCCAUGAACGUCAACGAUUCGGUCACCAAGCAGAAGUUCGACAACCUGUACUGUUGCCGAGAGUCCAGUCUGGAUGGCCUGAAACGGACAACCGAUAUGAUGUUUGGAGGGAAGCAGGUGGUCGUCUGCGGCUACGGGGAGGUGGGCAAAGGCUGCUGCGCUGCCCUGAAGGCCAUGGGCUCCAUUGUGUACGUGACCGAGAUCGACCCCAUUUGUGCUCUGCAAGCCUGCAUGGACGGCUUCCGUCUGGUGAAACUCAACGAAGUGAUUCGGCAAGUCGACAUCGUGAUCACCUGCACAGGCAACAAAAAUGUAGUGACUAGAGAACAUCUGGAUAGGAUGAAGAACGGCUGCAUUGUUUGUAACAUGGGACAUUCCAACACAGAAAUCGAUGUGGCCAGCCUGCGUACCCCAGAGCUGACUUGGGAGCGGGUCAGGUCUCAGGUCGACCACGUCAUUUGGCCGGAUGGCAAGAGGAUCGUCCUGCUGGCCGAAGGACGGCUCUUGAACCUCAGCUGCUCCACCGUGCCAACCUUUGUGCUGUCCAUCACAGCCACCACUCAGGCACUGGCCUUGAUAGAGCUGUACAACGCCCCGGAGGGCCGUUACAAGCAGGACGUGUAUCUCCUGCCCAAGAAAAUGGACGAGUACGUGGCGAGCCUUCACCUGCCCACGUUCGACGCCCAUCUGACGGAGCUGUCCGACGAGCAGGCGAAAUACCUGGGGCUGAACAAAAACGGCCCUUUUAAACCCAACUAUUACAGGUAUUAACUCUCCCGUGGCUGCACGCCGGAGGAAGGGGAGGACUGGAUCCCGAGACCUCUCUCCGGCCGUUUCUAAGGAUGACCCAGCACAAGCUUCUGAACUCGGCACCAGGCUGCCCUAGACCACCGCCGUGUGUUAGGUUAUUUAUUUAUUAAACUAGAAUACCGUACUGGC